ACGACUGAAACAAUCGUAAGUUUGGCUUGUCUUGUCUAGUGGGAGGUUCAAUUUGUGCACCCGUGUGGCGUGGUGAGAGUGAUAAAAUGCAGUGAAAGAAGAAUAGGAGUGGCGAAGAGCAAGUGAAAAAUGUACAAAACAAAGGUUCAAGAGUUAUGCCAGAGAAGGUCAUGGCCCUUACCAACCUACACAAACACCAGAGAAGGCCCCGAUCACAACCCUCGCUUCACUUCCACCGUCACCGUUAACGGCGUCUCCUUCCACACCCCUUCCGCCACCCGCAACGCCAAACAGGCCCAAAACGACGCCGCUAUGCUCGCCUUCCUCCACUUCUCCCCACCCUCACCCUCACCCUCACCGUUACCGUCACCUUCGCCGUCAUCGUUACCGUUACCGUCGCCUUCGCCGUCAUCGUUACCGUUACCGUCGCCGUCACUCCCUUUUCACCAAGACACUCUCUGCUUUUCCUCUCUCUCUUCCUUUCCCCAGCCUUCUCUUUGCGCCUCAUCUUCCGGUCCUUCUGAUGCUGGCUCUGCUGUUGAUGACGUGCUUCCCACCAGUGGAGUGUUGCAACGCAAAUUGGAACCAGCGUGCCAAACUUCGCAAAUCAGUGGCGCUGUAACAGUAACACCUGUGAGAGACACGUUGACAGUGGACGAUAAAAAAAAUGUGCUACAUUUGUACAAGAACCAGCUGCAAAGCUAUUUGCAAAAGAGGAAUCUAGGUCUUCCAGUAUAUUCUUCUGAGUGGGAGGGUCCUCCUCAUGCCAUGCGUUUCAAGUGCAAAGUCACUGUUGGUGGACAGACUUAUGAAAGUGAUAAGUUCUAUUCUACAUUGAAGGAUGCUGAACAUGCAGCAGCUGAAGUUGCUUUAAAAUCAUUAUCACCAGGCGGAGUUGAAGAGGGUCAUGCUGGGUUAUACAAAAAUCUUUUACAAGAAUUGGCUCAAAAAGAAGGAUUUCGUUUACCCAUUUAUACCACAAAUAGAUCUGGUGAAGCCCAUAUGCCAAUAUUUGAGUCACAAGUAGAGGUAGAAGGGGAGCUUUAUACUGGGCAAGAAGCUAAAUCCAAGAAGCAGGCAGAGCUCAGUGCAGCCAAGGUGGCUUAUAUGGCUUUGAAAGAACGGAAAGGCAAGUCAGAUCAAAGAUCCUUAUUUCCUUUAUCAGUUCAUCAAGGAGAAACUCAUGAUCCAAAGUCACCUGUAAGCCCUGGAUUUGUGAACCAGAAUCAACCUAACAAAGAUAAAGAGGCAAACAUCAUAACUGGUUUACAACACCAGACGAAUCCAAAAUCACCUGUAAGCCCUGGAUUAGUGAAUCAACCUAGCAAAGAUGAAGUGAAGAAUGCACCGUUUUCAUCUGGAAGUACAUGCACAGAGAAUUCUUCCUUGUCAAAUGACAAGUCUUCACCUUCAUUAUCUGGCAGCGUCAAAGUGGUUUCUGACUUGAGUGAAGUAAGCACCUCAUCAUUCACAAAAAGGGUCGUUGUUUACUCACGUAAGACCAAUGUGGAAAUUAAAGAUGGUGGCACUGUAUUGCCGUUUAGCGAUGACAAGUGGGUUGCUUACUCAUAUUCUCAAUGAGAUUUGUGUAGCCUCUCAUAGUCCUGUGUCAUUUUUUGCGUCUCUCAUAAUGGAUUUGUGGAAGGAUUAAAUUUUAGAAGAUAAAAUGUGGAACUGAUAAGCUAUUGAUUUUAGAAAACUAACAGUUAAAGAUUUUAACAACUAAGAAAACAGAAGCAGAUUAGUUAUUAUUUUGUUAUCAACAACUAGGAAUUUAUCCGCUGAGAUUGUGUAGGAGAACAUUUAAGAAUAUGAACAUGUUGAUAACCAUGGGUAUUUCUUUUCAUAAUUGUGUUGAAAAUAAAAUAUAGCACCAUUUAGGGAAUAUAUUAUAGUGUAAGGGAAACUAAAUUUUCCCUCGUCAGGUACAUUUAAUGUGUUAAUGUGUUUCGACUACAUAAAUAAAUCUCUGGGAUGUAGUUAAAA